GAGUUCCUGGACAUUUCCAUGGAGCUGGGCUGCUUCCUGGCUGGAGCGCUUCUCUCCUCGCAGGGUCAGAUUUGCACCACGGAGGUCAUGGGCUGCAUCGAGCCAAUCAGAGACUUCCUCGCCAUCAUCUUCUUCGCCUCCAUUGGUUUCCAUGUCUUUCCUACCUUUGUCCUGUACGAACUGACAAUCCUGGUGGUACUGACUCUCUCACUGGUCAUCAUGAAGUUCCUGAUGGCGGUGCUGGUGCUGUCGGCCAUCUUGCCUAAGGGUUCUCGCCACAUCCGUUGGAUAGUGUCUGCCGGCCUGGCGCAGGUCAGCGAGUUCUCCUUCGUGUUGGGGAGCCGCGCCCGCCGAGCUGGCAUCAUCUCCAGAGAGGUGUACCUGCUGGUUCUCAGUGUCACCACUCUGAGUCUUCUGCUGGCUCCGGUGUUGUGGAGAGCCGCCACACACAAGUGGGUUCCUCGAGCCGAACGCAAGACGCUCGCCCGCCCGCCCCCGCUGCUGCCACACCCAGCAGACUGAAGCCCAUAGGGGCCCUGCUAAAGGGCCAAAGGAUCAAAGGUCAUUCUCUCUCUUUCCAUGGAGAAAAUAGUAAUGACCCAUUAUCUUUGGGUCAUUGGUUGCAUCCAAAAUGGCACCUUGUUCCCUACAUAGAGCCCUGAUCUAAAGUAGUGCACUAUAUAACGAAUAGGGUGCCAUUUGAGAUGCAAUCAUUGUAGAAUGGUUUACAUGUACUCAUUGUUGUCUUGACUGUCAUUCCUCCACUCACGUACUACAGUAGUUAUGGAGGGAUCCCUGAUGAGAACACCCUUUUGGUUUGUGACGUCACAUUGUUGGUGAUGACAUAUUCCCUUCAAGGGAAUAUUAUUAGUCUGGGGUUGCAUAUGGAUCAGUUUCAUCCCGACCAAACCUCUGGGAGAAAGACAUAGGCCAAGGUUAACAGUUCAACUUUCCAUUUAGUACAUUUGAAUGUCAAGCUGAUACUGUAAAGUUUCAGUGUUCUAACCAAACACGGACACAUAGAAACUGUAUGUAUGGGUUGUUUAUGUCAGGGCUUUACAUGUGUGUACGCGUUAUUGCACUCCUAUGGCAUCUAAUGCUGUAAAAUGUUUAUUUUUCUUAUGUUUCAGUGACUGUUUUAUAUGAUAAUGGCUCGAUAAUUUUAUUCUGUUUGUACGGUGUACUGUACUGUAGCCUGACUGGAAGAAAAGACUACAACUAGAAGACUUCCUGCUAAUACAUCAUGCAAGGGAGAAAUAAAGAUAUAGCAUUGUAUUUAUUAGGCCAGUUAUAGUUAGAUUAUGUAUAAACGUUACAAUGGAAAUAAGUGGGUCAUUCCAAGCACAAUAAAUUCCCAUUUUACAUUAUGUUGUGUUAGGUUUGUUUAAUAUUCAACAAAAUACAAAAUGUUGUACAUUAUGUAAUAAAAAAAUGUUGGAAUAUGCACUUAUUUAUUAAAAGAUUGGUUUAUUGGUUCGGGA